AUGGGUAAUGAUGAGAGGGAUAUUAAUGAAGGUUAUGAGAGGAAGAGUUGGGGGGGGUGGAUAGAGGGGAGAAAAGGGAUUUUAUGGGUUAAUUUUGAUGAUGGGUUGGGGGGGUGGAAUGGGUGGGAUUUGGAGAAGAAUUAUAUGGAGGGGGGGUGGAAUGUAGGAGGGGGUGGGGGGGGUAGUGGUAGUGGUGGGGUUUAUGUUGGGUUUGUGAUUGUGAGGGGAUGGGUGGUUUUUAUUUAUUUGGAGGGAGUAGGAGGAGAAUGGUGGGGGGUUUGGGGGUGGAUUGUGUGUGAUUUGGUUGGGGGAUUGUUGUGGGGGGGGGGGUUUUUUGUGUGUUUUGGGGGGGGAAGGGGGGGAUGGUGGAGAUUGGGGGUUAGGGGGGGUAGGGGGGGGGGGAGGGGUUUAGUGGGGGGGGGGGGGGGGGGUUGUGGGGGAUGGGGGGAGGGUGGAGGGAGUAGAUGGGGGGGGUGGUUUUGGGGGGUGGGGGGUGGGGGGUUUUGGGAGGGGGGGGGGAUAGGGAUAGGUGUAUGGAGGGUUGAGGGGGUUUUUUAUGGGAUUUUUGGGUUGGGAGUGUAUUUGGGGGGUUGGGUUGGGCUUAAGUUGAUGUGGAGGGGGGUGGGGGGGUAUUGUGGGUUAAGUGGGGUUGGUAAGGUUGUGGGUGGGUGGGUAUAUUGGUGUGGGGUUGUUUUUGGGGAUGAGAGGGAAGGGUUAAUAGUAUUGUGUGGGGGUAUGGGGGGGUAA